AUGAUGAACACGCUCUUUCGAGACCUUAUUGCCAGUGGCAAGGUCAUUAUAUGUACUCUUGAGGAGCAUCGCGACAUUGUCCACCAAGUACUCAAGAUCCUCCGUGACAACCAUCUUUACCUAAAGCCGAAGAAAUGCGACUUUGAACAGUCGUCUAUUGAGUACUUGGGCAUGAUUGUUGAACAAGGAGUCAUUCGCAUGGACCCCGCUAAAGUGGCUGCCAUUUCGGACUGGCCUAAGCCCACUAAGAAGCGUGAACUACAGUCAUUCCUUGGUUUCUGCAACUUUUACCACCGGUUUAUCAAGGACUUCUCCAAGAUCGCCCGUCCUCUCUAUAAUCUCACGAAGAAAGAUGUUCCAUAG